CCCUAUUGAGUGGUUUUGAGAGAAUGUGUAUCCUGCCCAACAGCAACAACCAAACACGGUCAACUUUCAUAAAAGAGUUCUCAGAGAAACAUUAAAGCAGUGUUCAGAAACUCAUUUGAUUAGCUAUGACGACCAAAGAUUACCCAUCACUGUGGGGUUUUGGAACAACAAAAACAUUUAAAAUCCCUGUUGAACACUUGGAUUUUAAGUAUAUUAAAAAAUGUUCAGAUGUUAAACACUUGGAAAAAAUUCUCUGGGUGCUCAGGUCUGGUGAAGAAGGAUAUUAUCCCGAACUUACAGAAUUUUGUGAAAAGUGCCUUGAAGGACUGGCUCCUGAAAGCCGAGCUCUGAGGAAAGAAAAACCUGCAGCAACAGCAUGCAGCUUCACAGCAGAAGAGUGGGAGAAAAUUGAUGGUGACUUAAAGAGUUGGGUAUUGGAAAUUAAAAAAGAAGAAAGUAAAACACACUGUUAUGAAACUGAAACAUGUCCAGUAAAGGCAGAUAACUUGCCUCCAAUACGUGGUUCAAACAAUUGUCUUCGUGGUAGCAAGGAAAAAAACUGUAACAGUAAGCCAGCAAAAAAGAGAAUUCCAAGGGAUUAUGCAGAGUGGGAUAAGUUUGAUGUGGAAAAAGAGUGUUCAAAAAUUGAUGAAGGUUAUAAAGACAAAACUGUAGGAGACAAUAAGUCACAUUUGUCUAAAAUUGAGACAAGAAUAGAUAUAUCAGGUCUUACUGAGAAGGAAAUAAAUUUUCUUGCUACUCGUGAAAAGGAAAAAGGAAAUGAAGCUUUCAAUGCAGGAGACUAUGAAGAGGCUGUGAUGUAUUAUAGUAGGAGCCUCUCAGUGCUUCCUACUGUUGCAGCUUAUAACAAUCGUGCUCAAGCAGAACUCAAGUUACAGAAUUGGAACAGUGCCUUCAUGGAUUGUGAAAAGGUCUUGGAAUUAGAACCUGGAAACUUGAAGGCUCUUCUACGCCGUGCUACUACAUAUAAACAGCAAAACAAAGUCCAAGAAGCUCUAGAAGAUUUGCAUAAAGUACUGGAUGCUGAACCUGAUAAUGAGUUGGCCAAAAAAAUCUUAUCAGAGGUUGAAAGAGAUCUGAAAAUUUCUGAACCUGCUUCCAAGAUGGAAAAUAAAGGGAAAAGGAUGAUUAUUGAGGAAGUAGAAAACUCCGAAGAUGAGGAUGACAAGGACAGUGGGAGAAAGCAUGAAGAUGGCAGUGGAGAUAAAACGGCCGCCCAGCCCGCGGGAGCCAUGGGCAACAUCCAGAAGAAGCUGGCGGGCAAGAGCGAGGGCGGCAAGCGGCCAGCGCGGGGCCGGGCUCCGGGGGGCGCGGGCAAGCGGGGCCGGGCAUCCCGGGCCCCGAAGGCGGCGGCCGGAGCCAACGGGCACCCGGGCGGCGGCCGGGACGCCGGGAACCCUGCGGCGGCCGCCGCCCCGACCGGCCCCGCGGGCCUCAAGCGCCGCGGCAACGAGCUGUUCGGAAGCGGGCAGUUCGCCGAGGCGGCCCGCGUGUACUCGGCGGCGAUCGCACAGCUGGAGCCGGCAGGAAGUGGAAGUGCAGAUGAGCUAAGUGUCUUAUAUUCCAAUAGAGCAGCUUGUUAUCUGAAAGAAGGAAACUGCAGCGGCUGCAUUCAAGAUUGCAACAGGUCUCUGGAACUUCAUCCAUUCUCACUGAAACCUCUUCUGAGACGAGCAAUGGCCUGUGAAACUUUAGAACAGUAUCAGAAAGCUUACGUGGAUUACAAAACAGUGUUGCAAAUAGACUAUGGAGUCCAGCUAGCAAAUGACAGUAUUAACAGAAUAACACGGAUCUUAAUGGAGCUGGAUGGAUCAAGCUGGCGGGAGAAAUUGCCCCCUAUCCCCUCUGUGCCCAUGUCAGCGCAGCUUCGAGCUUGGCAGCCUCCUGCAGAGACAGCCCCGGACCAGGUGGGAGAUUCCCGCAGUCAGCAUCAACUGGGCAUCACAGACGAAAAAAUGUUUAAGACCCUUAAGGAAGAAGGAAAUCAAUAUGUCAAGGACAGAAACUAUAUAGAUGCCCUUCGCAAAUACAGUGAAUGCUUAAAGAUUAACAACAAGGAAUGUGCCAUUUAUACGAACAGAGCUCUGUGUUACUUGAAGCUGUGCCAGUUUGAAGAGGCGAAGCAGGACUGUGAUCAGGCUCUUCAGAUAGAUGCUAGGAAUGUGAAAGCCUGCUACAGGAGAGCUCUGGCUCACAAAGGACUCAAGAAUUAUCAAAAAAGUUUAAAUGACCUCAAUAAAGUGCUUCUACUAGACUCAAGUAUUAUUGAGGCAAAGAUGGAGCUAGAAGAGGUAACCAGAUUCCUUAAAGUUAAGGAUAAUCCAGCAUCAUUCAACAAGGAAAAGGAGAGAAGGAAAAUUGAGAUUCAAGAGGUGGAAUGCCGUGGAGAGGAGCCUGAGAGGAGCCUAGAAAAGGCUGCCACUGACUGCAUUGCUUCUGACAAGGGGGACAAGAGCAAUAGACUGCCGGGAAACUAUGAGAAACUGUUGAUCACCAAGCCCAACAAUGCUUAUGAAUUUGGUCAGCUUAUAAAUGCCAUCUGUACUAGGAAAGAUCAGGAAGCCUGUGCACACCUUUUAGCCAUGACUGAACCUAAAGAUUUGCCAAUGUUGCUGAGUAACAAACUUGAAGGGGAGACAUUCUUCCUCCUUAUUCAGUCUCUGCAAAGUAAUCUCCUUGCUAAGGAACCCUCGUUGGUAUAUCAGCAUCUUCUAUACCUGAGUAAAGCAGAAAGGUUUGAGAUGGUGUUGACACUAAUUAGCCAGGGCCAAAAGGAGCAGGUUGAACAGCUGUUUGAUGACCUCUUAAAUACACCAAGCAAACAUCUCACGUUAGAGGACGUGCAGGCUCUCAGAGGGCAUUACUGUCGUUAGACUUCCUCCAUUCACGUAUGUGCCGAGUGAUGCUAAUGGAUGGCGUUGUAGGAGCGCUGCAUGGAUAAAGCCUGGUUUAGAAAAAGAUCCCUUGGUCUGGACUGCCAAAUAUUUUACUUAUUUUUAUACAUAAAACAUGUAUAUCCUAUAAUCUAAUUUUUAUUAGUUGUAAAUAUUUUCUUAUGUACUAGAAAUGACAUCUUUAUAUUUAAUAAUACGUAUAUUUGGAACUUGUUAAGUGCAUCUUAAUUUAUGGUUUACAGUUUCUUUUAAUAGAUCACUUGUUAAAGUUUGGAGUUAAAUGAUACUUCUUUGGGUUGCAGAGACAUUGGCUUAAGUUUGACAGCAAUGCGUUUCUUUAAAAUUCACUUUUAAAAGUGGAAGUCAUUCAACUGAUUAUUAUAUCACCUUUAUUCCCUGCUAAAAUAUAUAAAAAUUCAUUUUAUACUACAUCUGCUAAGUGAAAUGCAACAUUUAAGUCUAUACAAUGAUGUGAUUAUUAAAUAAAUUGUGAUUAUUAAUUUACAACAAUAAGAGGAACUUAUUUUUUCUAAGACGGAAGCAUUGCCUAGUCAUUAAGAACAAAAAUUUCUACCACUUUAUAGAUUUAAGAAAGCUAGUUUCUAUAUUGCCUUUAUAAGCAAUAGCAAAAUAACAGCUAUGUAAAAGCAAACAAAUUCUGCAUUUCUAUAUCAUUACCCUAUAAAUGUCUUCUCCCUCCUCUUUUUAAAAGCUUCUUUAAGCGUAGAGGUAUAUAUAUAUUCAUUCCUUAAUGUAAAAGGAGAGCUGAAAAACUCAUCAUACUAAGUCAAAGUAAGGUGUUUACUACAUAAAACAUUCAAGUUGUUUUCAAUAUGCAGCCAUUUAUUCCUGUUUCUUUUGAUCAGCUCUUUUUCUAGUGCUUUCUUCUUCUUUUUUUUAAUUUCCCUUUUGUUGUUUUUUAUUGUUGUUGUAGUUAUUAUUAUUGAUGGCGUUGUUGUUAGAUAGGACAGAGAGAAAUGGAGAGAGGAGGGGAAGACAGAAGGGGAGAGAAAAAUAGACACCUGCAGACCUACUUAACUGCUUGUGAAGUGGCUCCCCUGCAGAUGGGGAGCCCGUCUGGAACUGGGAUCCUUGUGCUUUGUGCCACAUGCACUUAACCUGCUGCGCUACCGCCUGACUCCCUAUUUUAUUCUUAUAGAAGUGAAGAUGAAAGAUGAUAUCACUUUCCUCAUUUCUGUAUUAUCUAAUUCUUCAUAAUUGUACAAUAUUUUUUAAAUCCCUGUGAGUGUCACAUCAGAAAAGGUAGCAGCAACAAAUGCUGGAGAGGUUGUGGGGACAAAGGAACCAUCUGGCACUGCUGGUGGGAAUGUUAAUUGUUCCAACUCCUGUGGAGAGCAGUCUGAAGAACUCUCAGACAGCUAGAAGUGGAGCUACCCUAUGAUCCUGCAAUUCCUUUCCUGGGGCUAUAUCCUAAGGAACCAAACAUAACCAUCCAAAAAGAUUUGUGUAUACCUAUGUUUUUAGUAGCACAAUUUGUAAUAGCCAAAACCUGGAAGCAACCCAGGUGUCCAACAACAAAUGAGUGGCUGAGCAAGUUGUAUACAUAUAUAUAUUACUCAGCUAUUAAAAAUAGUGAUUUUACUUUCUUUACCCCAUCUUGGAUGGAGCCUGAAAAAAUCAUGUUAAGUGAGAUAAGUCAGAAACAAAAGGCUGAAUAUGGGAUGACCUCACUCAUAGAAGCUGAAAAACAAGAUCAGAAGGAAAAACACUAAGCAGAACUUGGACUGGAGUUGGUGUAUUGCACCAAAGUAAAAGACUCUGGGGUGGGGGGUGGGGAGAUUUCAGGUCCUGGAACAUGAUGUCAGAGGAGGGCCUAGCAGGGGUUCUAUUAUUAUGAGGAAAACACAAAUGUCAUGCAUGUACAAAUUACUGUAUUUUACUAUCCACUGUAAACCAUUAAUCCCCCUCCCUCCAAUAAAGAGAAAAAAAUCCCUG